AUGGUAAUAAUGGUAAUGACAAUCAUUGACCGUAACUGUUUUGUUAUUAACCAUGGUGAUGUUGGUGACAAUGAUGAUGAUGAUAAUGACGAUGCCGAUGAUGAUGAUAAUAAUAAUGGUGACUAUGAUGAUGACGAUGACGAUAAAGAAUGA